AUGGCGGCCGCCCGUGCCGCCCUCGUGUGCCUCACUUGCAAAACACGGAAGAAGAAAUGCGACAAGACCCUGCCCUCCUGCGGCUACUGCACUGCAAAACGGGUGCGAUGUGUCUACCCGUCCCCGCUGACCCCAGCGGCGGAAACUGGGGCCACGAGCCCAAGCACGACCGCAGACACAGACGCAGGAACGGGCACAGGCGGAAGCCCCGCCGCUCGCCAUGUGUCUGUCCUCCGCUGUGCGGCCCCGGCGGCCGACGUGCGCUUCGCGUUGAACACGGUCCCAACCGAGCCGUCGGCGGCCGCGGCGAGCCUCUAUCUCGAGGCGAACCGCCUCAUCCGCGCAACCGGCCGGCUUCUCGACGAGGUCUGCACACGAUACCGCCUCGGUAUCCAUCGCCACCUGCCCGUCAUUUGUUCAGAGACCUUCGACGACAGUCUCUUCACCCUGGCAACCGCUCCGCCGCCCGACUUCUCCGUCCUGCUUGUGAGCAUCUGCUUGAUAACCUACUUCCCCGAGCAAGCCCCGCAACCCGCAGGGGCUGCCGCCACUCGAGCGACCCUUGACCGGACCACUCUUCACCUCGCCGCCCGGUCCCUUUUUGCCCAGGUCCGAGUAUCGUUUCCGCCCUCGGUCCAUCUGAUCCAGGCGGGCCUGCUUCUCGCUGUCUACGAAUAUGCCCGGGGCCAGCCUGACGACGCCUUUGCCUCCCUCGCUGAGUGCGCUCGCAUGGCCUAUGCCGCCCGCCUCUGCCGUAGUGUUUCCCCGCCCCGCCCGCCGUAUGCCACUCUCGAGAACGCGCCAAGCGGCUCGGCUUCCUCGUACCUGCAGGCUGAAGAGGCAGCCAACACGUGGUGGGGACUCAUCAUCUGCGAGCGGUAA